CACCAUUUCCGAAGAGAUCACACACACACACACAAACAAGAAAACCAAACCAAGUUAUUUGUUUCUAAACCAGAGAGAUGAACCAAGAAGAACAAGUUCAGCUUUUGGGGUUAUGGGGAAGUCCUUUCAGCAAAAGAGUAGAAAUGGUCUUGAAACUUAAGGGCAUAUCUUAUGAAUACAUCGAAGAAGAUGUUUAUGUUAAGAAGAGCCAUCUGCUUCUCAACUACAAUCCUAUCCACAAGAAAGUCCCAGUCCUCGUCCACCAAGGCAGAUCGAUAGCUGAGUCUCUGGUGAUUGUCGAAUAUAUUGAAGAUACUUGGAAGACAAAUUACCCGAUGUUGCCUCACGAUCCGUAUGAGCGUUCUAUGGCUCGGUUUUGGGCUAAGUAUGUGGAUGACAAGGUAAUGUUAACAUUAUGGAAGGCUUGUUGGGGACCUGAAAGCGUAAGAGAAAAGAUGGUCGAAGAAGCUUGUGAGGGUUUGAAAUACCUUGAAGAAGAGCUUGGAGAUAAACAAUUUUUCGGAGGAGAGACAAUUGGAUUUGUUGAUAUAGCAGCUGAUUUCAUAGCGUACUGGUUCGGAAUUGCGCAAGAAGCUUCAGGUGUGAUGAUCAUGACCGCAGAGGCGUUUCCAAGACUUCAACGUUGGUCGCGAAAUUUCGUUGGAAAUAAUAUUAUUAAGGAAGUCUUGCCGCCUAAGGAGAAGCUCAUGGCUCUUUUCAAAGCCCAAUUUGGAAAUAAUGCCGCGUAAGACAAAGACUCUCUUACUUUGUGAAAAGUAUGCAUGUUAUAUCUAGAAAUUCUGCAGUUUGUUUUAUCAAAAAUAAGAAAUUCUUUGCUGUUUUUGUUGUCUGUAUUUAUUUAUAACUUUCUAUAGUGGUUCUUCUCUAGAAGGAACAUUUAUCGAAAAUUUAGAG